CAGAAUAUAUUUAUGACGUCAGCUUGUUCAUUCAUGUUGUUGCACGUGGGCUUUUCAUUAUUUUCUUCCAGAGGGGGGUUGAAUGAUUUCUAAUGGGUGUUUUGGUGUUUUAAAAGCAUGUGUUUCGAUAUAUUAGGAGCACUUCAUCCACCAGUUAUUUUGGUCACCGUAAACACCUCACCUGCCUUACCAAAGAUAAGCCCUUUGUGCAUAUGGGAUCUCCCUCCUGCCUGAAUGGUACAGUCUCACCACACAUACUUCAUUCAUAAAAUUUGGCCUCACUAUAAAACCAGUAGCCUUACAAUACAACUGCAGUUUCCAGAUGUGCAGAGUGUAAGGUGACAUAAUACAACAAAGGACGGGCUUUUCUCUCAACACCACGUCAGGACGCACAAUUCUUUUUUGUAGGCCUAGUAUUAGUCUUGCUAUUAGGUUUGUCUUUUUUAAAUAUGUGCGACUUCAGCGUUGACGAUUCUGCGUCUUGCUCCUCUGUCUCUUCCACUGAAGAUGCUCCCCUGACCAGCCACCAGCGCUCUUCAGCCGACUCCGACUCCCGUGCGUCCUCCACGACGAAGAAUGUGCAGGCAUCAGGAAAACGGAGACCUGUGCAAGAGUCUCUCUUUGUUCCAGCUGUCACGUCGCAGCAACGACGGGUCCAUCCGAGCGCCAACAGAGCAGGGUCCCCAUCUCCCCGCGCUGCAAAACACAGGAGAACACGUUGCCUUUCCCCCUCGUCUUCCUCAGACAGCGACAGCCGCGAGAAAACAACCCGCAGGAGAAGACAGAAGGAGAAGCUUUCCCCAGAGGAGGAGGAGAAGAGGAGGCUCAGGAGGGAGAGAAACAAAAUUGCUGCAGCCAAGUGUCGCAACAGGAGAAGAGAGCUCACAGAGAGACUGCAAAAUGAGACGGAGGAUCUGGAGGAUGAGAAGGCCGGUCUGCAGGCGGAGAUCGAGGCCCUGCUGAGGGAGAAGGAGCAGCUGGAGGCCGUCUUGUCGGCCCACCAGCCCACCUGCAAAAUGACAACAGAGGAGGACGACGUGGACGUGGAGGACAUGCAGACGCAGAGUCCCCAAAGCGCCGUGCAGCAUUCCCCCUCCUCCUCCACUUCCUCCAGCGCUCUGGAGCCCAGCAGCAUCAGCACCCAGGCCCUGGGGCUCCAGCUUCCAUCCCCGCUGCAGGACCUGGAGCUCCACCCUGGCAGCAUCAGCAUCAGCAGCACCUGCAGUAGCACCACUGACUCCUCCACCACAGCCAUCUUGGGUGACUCCGACAUCUUGCUGUGCUCCAGCGCUCUGGGCUCCAGCAGCAGCACCACUGCCUCCGCCGCUGCCGCGUCCCUGUCUGAGCUGGACACCUACCUGGGCGUGGUGAAGGGGGUGGAGUCCCAGAGGGAGCUCGGCGUCAGAGAGUCGGACGGCGGUAGGAGGCAGGACGCGGCGCCCGCCGUGCCCGACAUCGACCUCAGCGGCUCCCUGGGCAUCUCGGACUGGGAGACGCUGUACAGGUCCAUGUCCAUGGACAACCUGGGCCUCCUGAACAGCCCCGGGCUCAUCUCCAGCCCCACCUGUGGCGGCAGCCUGCACGCGUUCGAGUUCAACUACCCAGACUUCGAAAGCCUGGCUAUGGACGACUGUGAGUGCAGCGGUCAAGUAAAGGGCCGAUCAGAAAUGGUCAAAGAUCUCCUCAACUCCCCAACUCUGCUGGCUUUGUAAGCUAGAACAAGAUGGAGCCAGCUGAAUUUCAGGAAACGGGGAGAGAGACACUUUGUAUAUGUAGGAUGGGUUGUGUGACCUGACCCCAUAUAUGAUAUUUGAAAAAAGUGUUUUAUUUUUUACUGUGCCUGCACUUAAAUUGACCUCUUCCAGACACACUGUGUUGUUCUGAGUACUGCUGUUUACAUCAAAUGCAUAUUACAUAAUAUAUCAGAUAUUGUCCUGUAAGUGGAAUUUGAAAUGUGCCAUGAUCAAGAGAGUAUACGUAUAAAGAUUUGCUACUGUUUUGUCUGUGUUUCUAUUUGUGUCCUGUACGGCCUGUUUAUGUGCCAAUGUAAAUCGUGAUUUGACUUGAAAAGUCCUCAUAGGCCUAUCAUGUGACAACAAAAACAUAGUUUAUUUUUGUACCUCUACAUCUUUUUUUGGGUUUUCCAGUUAUGCAAAAAUGCGGUUGUUGUUCAAUGAGUUUGCACAUGCCACCAAGGA